CUCUCUCUCUCUCUCUCUCUCUCUCUCCCUCUCUCUCUCCAGUUGUUCUUCGCCUCUGAGACUUUGUUUUAUCCGCCAUCGUCAUUCACACGGUGUGGACACGGAGGAUCGGAGCUACCCUCUCUCUCUCUCUUUCUCUCCUCUCCUCGUCGUUAUUUCGCGUUUUCCUGCCGCCUGACAACUUGUUUGUGUGUUAGCGCAUUGGGCUGCUGCUGUCCAUGGGCGCUGCUGCUGUUGACACACUCCGGUUGUCCGGUGCGCCUCUGCGGGUCGGUUCGGGACGGGUAUCGGUUGGGCGCCGCUUUGUUUUUUUAUUUAUUUAUUUUAUUUCUUAAUUUAUUGUUUUCAUGAAUGAAUAUCGAGGCGGGGAAAUGCGAGUGACUGCGAAACUCCCUUGCAGCCGGGCUCCCGGGGGGCCAGCCGCCGAUGAGAGGGAUUAACGACGGAGCGGAGCCGUGGCUCAUUGCGGAAAAAAAGCGAGCCUUGACUGCAGCCUGGCGCGGAGACGCACCGUGAGGGAAACGGGCUCCAUAGCGUAGAGCAGCGGACCGAAAACCGCCGUGACCACAAUGUCUAUCCACAUCGUGGCUCUGGGCAGCGAGUGCCCCGGUGGAGUGGGACCCGGGGAGGAGAUCAUGGGCCAGGGGCAGCUGCAGGGAGGCUUGCUGUGGAGCUACCUGGGUCAUGGAGCCCUGGUGGGACCCUGCGACCUGGAGAGCAGCCUGCACAACCCGGCCUUCAUGGAGUACACCUCCAGGGUGUUUGGAGAUGUCACCGUGGUGGUCCGGGAUUGUCCCAGCUGGGACUUGUUGGACAGCGACUGGGCCAGCGUACGGAAAGUUCUUGAGCAGGCGGACAUCCUGGUUAUUAAAUAUUCAGUCACAGACAAGUUGGCCUUCCAGCAGGUCAGGAACGGCUACGCCCCGAGACUCCGCCCGCUCCUCAGGCACUGGGGUGUCCCUGUCAUCCUGGUCGCUGUUGGAGCACGGCUGAAUGACGAAGGCCCUCCUUGUACGUGUCCGUUGUGUGCAUCAGACUGGAGCAGCUGUGUUCCUCACAGUGAAGGUCUGCAGCUGUCCCGGGACCUGGGGGCCACCUAUCUGGAGCUGCCCUCCCUCAACCACGUCUUUGUGGGUCGCUACUUUGGCAGCGUGCUGGAGUACUUCAUGAUUCAGUGUCUGAAACACAAAGCCAAAGAAAGGCCAGAGAAGAGGCGAGGAAAUAAAGUGAAUGAGCUCCGUCCCCCGCACUUAGAACAACCAGCUCGUCUUCCCCCCAUCCGAGUGGAGGAGUCCAGCUUCUCCCAGGACAUGCAGUGGUUGCUGGAGCGUGGCGUACAGUUCGCCGAUGUGGCUUUCUACGCUGGGGAUUCUGGGAAAGAGCUGGGGUGGGCUCACGCUGCAGUGCUAUGUGCUGUCAGCCCCUACUUCAGACAGCUGCUCCUGGGGCCCAAGACCAGGGAACGCCCACAGUCACGAUGUGUUUGCAGAGAGCGAGAUGGAGGCCCCCAUUCGCUGCUCUCUACCUGGGAUGGAGGUAUUAUUGAUGACAUGCCGAGAUCAGAGGGACACCUGACAGGACGUCUCACUCGUCUGGUGGUGAAGGACCCCCUCCUGUGUAUGUGCCUGUGGGAGACUCUCAUGUUCAUCUAUAGAGGAGCGUGGGAGUGGGAGCACCUUCAGGAGGCCCUGGAAGAGAAGCUGAAGAAUUCGCUGGCUGUGGCUCAGCUUAUGGAGCGCAUACGAUCGCUCAUUGGCAGAGACAGGGGCCCCAGGGACACACCGAGUGCCCGGGCGGCUCAGCUCGGCCCCCAGACUCUUGUCAACCUCUUCAACUCCCCCCUUUACUCUGAUGUCAUCUUCAUGGUGCAAGGGAGUGUGUUGCCGGCUCACCGGGCGGUGCUGGUGGCCCGCUGUGACGUCAUGGCGGCCAUGUUUAGCGGGAAAUACGCAGAGGCUCGGAGUCGAGUGGUGCCAAUCCACGGAGUCUCCUCUGACACCUUCCUGUCCUUCUUGGAGUAUCUCUACACUGACUCCUGCUGUCCUGCCAGUGUGCUGCAGGCCAUGGCCGUGCUGGUUUGUGCCGAGAUGUACCAGGUGAAGCGACUGCAGCAUCUCUGUGAGGUCUGUGUGUGCGCGUACCUUCAGAGCAUGCCCAGCAGAGAGCUGGCAUCGACAGGCAUCAGCGUGGUCCGACUACUCCGCAGAGCAAAGUGCCACAAUGCAGAGCAGCUGUACGUCUGGCUCCUCCACUUCAUCGCCAACAACUACCUAAUCUUCAGUCAUAAACCCGACUUCCUGGAGCUCUCAGAUGAGGAGCGUGAGCAGGUGGAGAGGCUACGCUGGCCAUCCAGAGGGUACUUGCAGGAGCUCAGCGAGUACCAGCAGCGACGACGCAAACUACGAAAGUCCCGCUGUAUAGUCAUGUGACCACAUCUGGAUGCCCAAACUCUGUGGACAAGAGGAGGGGGGAGCAGAGGAGGGAAUCCAAAGAGAAAAUAAAGGAUGAGAGUCAUCAUCAACAUGUGUGGAAGCAGACAGAGGGAGUGUUUCUUUCUGGUUGUGCUGCUGGAUGAAAGGCUGACUGAAGGACGGUGUUGCAGUGGAUUAAGAUGUGUGACUCCUUAACCAAUCAGACAUCGUCAAGCAGUGACACACACACUGCUACAAUACGCCUCUCUUCCCCCACAGGAAUGACUGGAGCAUCCUUUGCAUAAUGACUUCUUCCUCGUUGGGCAAUACAAAAUGACCUACUCCUUAAAAACCAAUAUGACUAUUUUGUCUGGCCACUGUCCAGAAGCUCUGUGAAAGAUUAUAUUUCUACUGGCUGGAGCACAAUAGUGGAGUUCAAAGAUGAACAGUGACACAAAAUGUCUCCAUUCUGAGUACAUAUAUAUCAAAUGCCCACACAUCUGUUGGAAAACCAGCCAGGAUCAUGUCCAGACUGUUUCAAACUACAUUAACGGGUUAUGUGACUUCAGGUUGAAAAAACAGGAAGAAAUCAGUGCUGAGGGGUUUUCUUCUCUUCAUGAUACCUGAACAUGUCUGUGUCUCUUCUGUGCGCUGAACACAGGACUUCUCAAUCAUAAAUUAAACCAUGUUGGCUCAUGUUACAUCUGUGUCCCGUUGGAUCUAAAACUUGUGAACAUGUGCAAAUGCAGCAUUUCUGAAGCUGAAGUAACUCUUUCAGCAGAGCGGUGACCGACAGUAACACAGAGGGCAACUAGUGAUGCUGCUGGUAGCACCGUCAUACUCAUUACCAUCUGUAAUAUAUCAGAAACUCAGUUUAGCAUAUGAGCAGGACCAAUUUAAUUACAAUUCUUUUAUUAGAUUCUUUCACAUCUAUAAUGCAGCAUCAGUGAGUGGCCUGACUGAUUUUAUUACCAUGCAAGAUGGAAUACAAUUUGAUCGCAGUCUUUGUCAAACGAGGCCAUUUCACUUUGAAAAAAUGGCUUAAAAUAAAAUGCUCAAAUGAAAUGAAACCUUGCUCUGUACACCAAAUUCUGAACAAUCAUCACUGUAUUUUAAAAUUUCAUUUGAUGUCUGUUGAGCUGGACUUUUACACCAUUUCUUUUGCAGGUUAAUAUGAAUUCAUGUAGAAAUGAGUCCUUAUCUGUUUGCAAUAACGAAUAAUAAUGAUCUGUCUCUGUCACAAAAAGGCAAAAGCCUUUUGUAGCAUUUACAGAAGUGGUACAAAGAUAUGAGAGAAAUAACAUAUCUUGAACAUAAGUUAGUAAAUUGAAAACCUCAAUGCCUCUGGGUGGGGAUACACGAUAUUUAUUUGAUCUUUUUUUUUAAUUUGACAGGUUGUUUUUAAUCAUAACGAGAUUAUGAUUUAUUGGUGCUGCAAUUAUUUUUGUAAACGAUACUGUAUGUGGACAUUUAUGAUUUUUUUUAAACAUUUGAGUAGAAACUACAGGGUCGCACUCCUUUGCAGUCUAAUGUUUUACUGCUAUUUACUUGAAAGGUGUAAAAAAAAAUCUUGAUUUAAAAAAAAUGGGUACAGGAUGUCUUACCUUGUCUGAUUCAUUCAACAAAAUAAAAACAAAUAAAGAUCAA